GGCAGCGGGCGGCCGCGCUCGGCGCCGGCUGCGGCUCUGGGCCCCGCGCGGAGCGGCCCCGGGGGCUGUGCGUCCCCCUGCGGGCUCGGCCGUUAGCCCGGUGCAUGGCACAGCUAUGGAGGUGGUGGACGAGACGGAGGCUCUGCAGCGCUUCUUCGAAGGCCAUGACAUUAAUGGAGCUCUGGAGCCAUCUAACAUUGACACCAGCAUCCUGGAGGAGUACAUCAGCAAGGAGGACUCACCAGAUAUCUGUUUCCCUGACAUCUCUGCUUCAUCUGGCUGUGCACACCCCCAGCCCUCCAGCUCAGCCACCAUCAGCGCGCCUCUUCCCAGUUCCAUCGGCAGUGCUGGGCAUGUGAACAACCCUGCUUCCAGUGGUUCCCUCCACCUUCCUCCCCCGGGCAGCCAGAUCCCGAUCCAUCACGGUCCUCUCCUGGCCAACCCUUGCGGACCCAGCUAUGGUGCUCAACUCAACUGCAAUAACAACAAUGGCAUGGCGGUGCCCAAGGGCUACCUCGGUGGCCACUGCCUAAACAGCAUGGUCCCUCCAAUCAAAUCGGAGCCCACGGCCUCCUACGCACCUGGCACUUUACCCGACUCUCCCCCUGACUCUGGAUCAGAAGCCUACUCCCCUCAGCAGGUGACUGAUCCUCACCUCCUUCGGACCAUGACCCCUGAGAACAUGUGCCAUGUAAUUCCCCCAUCUCGCCUGGAGCAUCCCCCGCCGCCGCCACCUCCUCCUCCUCCUCCUCCCCACCUGCAAGCCGUGCCCCCUCCUUCCCACCCUCACUACCCUGGCCUUCAGCGGGACCUGUACAUGAAGGCUGAGCCCCUGAUGCCACCCUAUGGCAUGGGGCAGGGCAUAGCACCAGCUGACCUCCACCACGCUCAGCAGUCGCAGAUGCUGCACCAGCUUCUCCAGCAGCACGGAGCAGACCUCCCGGUGCACCCUGCCAAGAAAAGGAAGCACUCCGAGUCACCCCCAAACACCCUCAGUGCACAGAUGCUCAACGGGCUGAUAAAACAGGAGCCAGGCAUGGGGUCUGUGCCACUCAACCCUGAAAGAGUUCCCACACCUCCUUGGCACCAGCCAGGACCUCUCUCUCCAGGCCUGAUUCAGGAUAAUGACAGCUUGAAUGGCUCCUACCUAGACCCCAACUACCAGUCUAUAAAGUGGCAGCCACAUCAGCAAAACAAGUGGGCAACUCUCUAUGAUGCCAACUAUAAAGAACUCCCCAUGCUCACCUACCGCGUGGAUGCUGACAAAGGGUUCAACUUCUCUGUGGGUGACGAUGCCUUUGUGUGCCAGAAGAAGAAUCACUUCCAGGUCACAGUCUACAUUGGCAUGCUUGGAGAUCCCAAGUAUGUGAAGACCCCCGAGGGCCUGAAACCCUUAGAGUGCUUCUACCUGAAGCUGCACGGAGUGAAGCUAGAGGCCCUGAACCAGUCGAUCAACAUCGAGCAGUCGCAGUCUGACCGCAGCAAACGGCCCUUCAACCCUGUCACGGUCAACCUGCCUCCAGAGCAGGUCACUAAGGUCACUGUGGGGCGGCUGCACUUCAGCGAGACCACGGCUAACAACAUGAGGAAGAAAGGAAAACCCAAUCCAGACCAGAGGUAUUUCAUGCUUGUGGUAGCCCUGCAGGCACAUGCACAGAACCAGAACUACACACUUGCAGCCCACAUCUCUGAGCGCAUCAUCGUCCGAGCCUCCAACCCUGGCCAGUUUGAGAGUGACAGCGAUGUGCUCUGGCAGCGGGCUCAGCUCCCUGAUACCGUGUUCCACCACGGGCGGGUGGGCAUCAACACGGACCGCCCUGAUGAAGCCCUCGUGGUCCAUGGCAAUGUGAAGGUGAUGGGUUCCCUGAUGCAUCCAUCAGAUGUCCGAGUGAAGGAGGACAUCCAGGAGGUGGACACCACAGAACAGCUGAAGAGGAUCUCACGGAUGCGGCUGGUGCACUACAACUACACACCUGAGUUUGCAGCUACAGUGGGCAUCGACAACACCUCUGAGACAGGUGUCAUUGCUCAAGAGGUGAAGGAGAUCCUCCCUGAAGCAGUGAAGGACACCGGGGACCUGGUCUUUUCCAAUGGGAAGACCCUGGAGAACUUCCUGGUGGUGAACAAGGAGCGCAUCUUCAUGGAGAAUGUGGGAGCUGUGAAAGAGCUGUGCAAGCUGACAGACAACCUGGAGACCCGCAUUGAUGAGUUGGAGAGAUGGAGCCACAAGUUGGCCAAGCUCAAACGCCUUGACAGCAUGAAGUCAACUGUGAGCUCUGGGGCAUUCAGCCAAACGGGAAGCCAGUUCAGCCGUGCAGGAAGCAUGCCCCACAAAAAGAGGCCUCACAAGAUAGCCAGCAAGUCACCGUCGGUUGUCCCGGAGCAGGCCUGCAUCAGUCAACGCUUCCUGCAAGGCACCAUCAUUGCCUUGGUGAUCAUCAUGGCCUUCAGUGUGGUGUCCAUGUCCACGCUCUACGUGCUGAGCUUGCGCAGCGAGGAGGACCUUGUGGAUAUUGAAGGGUCAAGCCAGAAUAUCGACAAAACACAGAUGGUGCGAUCCACAGCUGCGUCAGACAGAGCCAGCAGCAAGUCCCCAACACACCACGUCACGUCAAACGUGCUCGACUUACUCGAUGCUUUCCCUGGUCACAGCGUGCUAGCCUGCUUCAACCCACCGUGUUUCUCCACUUGCUGCUCUGCUGCUCCCACCAAUGCCUCCUCUGUUGCCCUCGCUGAGGCCAGCCCUACUCGUGUCACCAAUCAGACAGACCAAAGUCAGACCUCACUGCAGCCAGUGACCAAUAUCAAAGCCAAAUCCAGGGGCAUCACCAGGAAGGCAACCUCCUACACCAAGUGGCCAAAGACUCCUGACAGGUCUCAGAGCUUCGGCAGCCCCAAUGCCAGCCCCUCCUCCCCCUUCACCCACCUCCAGGGCAAAUCCAAGUACAUCUCCAACCUCUCGCUCUCCCGCAGCAACUCCCCACUGGGGCAGGCCCGGCCGCAGCGCAGCAUCAGGCAGCUGGUGAGCGAGUGGCCCCACACACAGGACCCCAGCACGGAUGGGCCAAGCCCAGUGCUGCGUUCCAUCCGGAUCCUGGAGAUUGAUAUGGCCAUCCAGUCCCAGUUCUGUGCAGCCAGCAAUGCAUGCAGGACUGGAAACUUCACCUACCGUAUCCCCAUCAGCCAGCUGACAGCAGUGAACACCAACCUGACCCUGGAGAUGAACUCUUCCUCUGUGCUGUCCAUCUCCCUUUGUGGCCUUGUCUCCAACGACCCUUGCCAGGAUGUUGCAAGCACAGACAGCUUCAGUGAUGGCACAGACACACAGGAAACAACGCACCGCUGGCCUCUUGUGAUGCUGUCUUUCAGGGAGUUCACCUACCACUUCAGGGUGGCACAGACUGGCCGAGCCAACUGCAGCACUGCUCCCGAACAGAUGGGACACCUUUUUACUGACUAUUAUUUUCAGUUUUACUGGCUCUGUGAGUGAGUCCUGGCAGCACCAGUGCCCUUUGGUUGGAGAGAGGAGGGGGACUGGUGACACUGGGGAACCUCCUGUACACCCUCCUCCGCUGACCCCCAGCCCCACCUCAGCCCCAUCAGCCUCCUUGGGGGUGGAGAUGGUUUGGUUGUGGCUGGCAGUGCUGACACCGAAGUACAGCACACACAGAACACAGGACCUAAGCCACAGAAACACAACCAGCCCUGCGCCAUCUCCUGGGCUCACCUAGCACCAACACUGCCCCAAACACCCCUCCUUCCCUUCUGGGGACGCUUGUAUCCCCCAGCCCCUGCAACACUGGAUUUGAAAGCAUUACACUGGAUGGAACGUGGAUGGAUCUGCCACAUCCCAGAGCAUGGGACUUGCCCAGCUGUGCCACGUCAGUUCUCCACAACACUGGAAUUGCUCAACACUGGAGCCCUUUCCAAGAGGGAAAAGCUGGAGUUUCACCUGGAAAGGAAAGGCUGUGCCUGGACAUACUGGAAGUUGUACACUGGAGUUGCUGUUCCUUUCAUUUGGACCUGCAGCCCCACUGGACCCCUGGGGACCCCAGGACCCCUGUUCUCCACAGAAGGUGCAGCUUCCACAUUUGCCCCCCUCCUCACUGUGCUGUCACUAUAUCCAGGUCAGGAUGGAUAAACUCAAAAACCCCACUAAAGAUGCUGCUCAGGCUGUGCUCAGGCCAAACUACACGUGGGGACACUUAACCAUCAGCCCCUAGGAGGAAAACUACCCCAAGCCACCUGUGUUAAGUGUUGGUUAAACACUGUAGGACCCGUUUUCUUCACUUGCCAGUAGUGCUUGGCCUCAUGUGGUGUGCACAGAGCUGCCCAGUUGGCUCUGAAGAAAAAGAUGACUGGCCAAGUCCAGUGUGCCCUGCAGAGCAAAGUUGGGCUGCUGGGGAUGUGUGGUGUGGUUUCACUGCACAACCAGCGGGGGAAACAGCAGUGACAGUGAGUUCCCACUGUCUCUGCUCUCAGAAAGCAGUUACGUUGAGUGUACUCUGGGUAUUUUACUGUUACAAGUUCUUAACUUGCUAAA